ACAUUACAAAAAUACUUCAGUUGUCAAUUUCUAUGGUUCAUUUCCAAAAACCUCCAAAAUUCCCCGUAAUUCCUCAUUGACCACAAUAGAACUACCACAUGUUCCACUCGCUGAAGAACAAAAUCGUAUGCAAUGGAUUCGUCAACAUCAGAAGGAUAAUCGCUAAACAUUACUGCGAUGGAGAAUGUAUGGGAGUAAGAAGAUGCAAUCCACCCCUCGUCAAUCCUCAAAAUCUACCCCACUUGCCGAUCCCCAAACUGGAGAGCACCCUCCUAAAAUUCAUCAAAUCAUGCGAACCAUUCGUGAGCUACAAGGUAAUUAUGGAGACAAGACAAAUCUGCGAUUCGUUUCAGAGGAAAGAAGGCAAAGCCUUACAGAAUUACCUGACGUCCAAAGCCAAGAAAUCCUUCAAUUGGUUGGACGAUUGGUACACAAAAUGCGCCUACUUAUGCAGCAGGGAUUCUUUAGCGAUGAGCACUAGCCCUAUAAUGACAUUCCCACCACAUAAUUUCAGAAAGUCUAUAGAACACAAGGAGUACAUAGCGAAGCUCAUACUUGCCGUAAUGAGCUUCAGGAAGUUAUGCUAUUGCAACCAGAUACCUGUGGAAACUUGGAACAAGUACCCCUUGGACAUGGGAGUCUACAAGAAACUCUUCGCGAACAUCCGUUUACCAAAGAAGGAUUGCGACCAACUCUACCAUCACCCUAGCUCCCAACACAUCAUUAUCAUGUACAACAACAACCUUUUCAAAAUGAAGGUUAUGAAUAACUGUGGAGAACCACUGAGUUUCCGCCAGCUCAUGGAAAGAAUUGAUGACGUGAUGACGAAGGGUAAGGAGCCAGGUAUUCCUUUUGGUCUUUUAACUUCCCUCAAUAGAGACACUUGGGCUAGUGUGUACGACCACAUGAAGAUCCUAGGAGAUAACGCAAAGUUUUUGGAACACAUAGAAAAGUCGAUGUUUCUUGUCAACAUAGACAAAACGCCGCCUUGUCCAGUCUGCUCGGACGAAGACAAGAAACUGAACUCUUGCCAAAACGGCUUUCACGGGUAUGGCGCAAAAGUCAACGGCGCCAACAGAUGGUACGGCAAAACCUUACAGUUCUUCACCACCAGAGACGGUUGUUCAGGAAUUAUUUUCGAGCAUAGUCCAGUGGAAGCGGUGCCGUUGGGAAAAAUGGGGGAUUACAUAAUCAAAUACAUAUCAGGCAGUGAGUGGCGGGAUGUUCCAGAUAUAAUACUAAGAGAAAGACCGUUGAAAAUGAACUUCCUAGCUUCAGAACAAAUGCUCAACGCCAUGACUGACUCUGCUGAGUACAUGGAAGAGAAACUUAACAAUUUCAGGAUACACAUCAUGAAUUUCGAUAGAUACGGCAAGGAGUUCAUCAAAGAGAACAAGUUGAGCCCUGACGCCAUCAUCCAAGCUGCUCUUCAGUUUGCCAAUUUCAGAGUGCACAACAGGUUUGUACCCCAGCAUGAAACUGCUUCCACCAGACGUUUCUUCCUAGGUAGAAACGACACCAUCAGGUCCUGCACCAACGAAGUCAUCAGGUUCUUGAAGAACAUGUCUGUGGCGACGCAACCUACGAAGGAAAAGUACGAACUCCUGCAGGUCGCCGUGAGGAGGCACAAGCGUCUCACGGAAGACGUGAUGAUGGGCAGAGCCAUCGAUCGGCAUCUUUUCGGUCUGCUGAUGGCUUCGAAAGAACUGAACAUGCCAACGCCGGAGUUGAUGCGAUGCGAGGCUUACCAUAGGAGCGGAAGGUUCAGGAUUGUCACCAGACAGAACCCGUCGAAGAAGAGUUGCUUCACGUGUUAUUCUCCUGGUUUGGAUGGAGGAUACGGGUGCUGCUAUAAUCCGAGGAGCGAAGACAUAAAUAUGUGCGUCACUUGUAGAAGAAGUGACUCGGAGUGCGACCCUAAGAAGUUUAUAGAGGCGUGGGCGUGUAGCAUGAAGAAUAUUGCUGAUUUGUUGAUGCGUUAUAAGUUCCAAGAGAGGGAAAGGAUAAGCAGGGGUGAUGCCAAGUGUUGAAUCUUGUGGAAUUGUCGAAUAUUAUAGCCAUGUAUCUCAAUAAUAUAAUGUAACUGACUUAAAAA